ACAUGCAAUUCACUUAAGUUGAUGAAAAUCAAAACCGUAGAAAAAUUCAAAUGGCGUGGGGUGCAAGGUUUUCAAUAACUUUUUCAUGGGUAAGAAAUAAAUGAGAAAAAGUUUAAAUUUUACGUGAUCGGUUCCAGAACAAACGCCAUUUAGAGAAUAUUGAAAAUUGAAUUUCAACAAACAUUUAAGAAUUAAAGAAUUUAAAAUAAGCCAAAAACAAAUAUUGGGAUUUUUUUUAAAAUGGCAAAUGAUGAAUAUCUCAAAAUUCAAACAACUAUUUUGACAAGUUUGAACACUUUCAUUGUUGUUGGUGGCGUUAUCGGAAAUAUGUUUAUUGUUGUCUUGAUUGCUCAAAAGAAGAAACUUCAGAACAUAACCAAUAUUUUAGUUACGAACCUUGCAGUAGCAAGUAUUGCCAUAUCUGCUAUUGUCAUACCGUUUUCAAUGGCUAUGGGAUUAAAAUCUUGGAAACCAAAUAGGCUUGUAUGCAAAGUAUUAAUGCCAAUAUUUGAACAUUUUGCUGGUGUUUGCGUUUUGACACACACUGCAAUAAGUAUUUCUAGGUAUAUGAUUGUUAAUCAAUCCAGAAUCAUUCAAGAAAUAAAAGUUCGAUCCGUUGCCUUGAUUAUCGCACUCCUCUGGGCAAUAUCGUUUAUAAUCAUAUCUGUUCCAUUAAUGGGAUUAUUAGGUGAAUUUACUAAUACUAUUGGUACGGAUUUUAAUAAAACAAUGCAUGUAACUCAUGAAGGUGAUUCCUGUAAUAUUUAUUUUUAUAAAAAAACUAGCAAUGAGCGUAUUUAUGCAGUGAUGAUAUUUUCACUAACCUAUCUAAUACCAAUGGUAUGUACGGGCUUUUCAUAUUUUAAAAUACAGAGAGUAGUUGCUGAUAAUGCAAAGAGUCUAAAAGGCCAUGUCCCUAGAGAUUUAAUUGCUUUAAGAAAACGUAACUCUAAACGCCUAAACCGUACUCUUUUGACUAUGUAUUUUUUUUUUGGAAUUACAACGUUACCCAUUCAAGCUUUGUACCUUGUAACGGCAUUUGUAAAACACGAUAUUUUUGAUCGAAUAUGGAGUAUAUCAUUUUCGCUUUUUUAUUUGCAAGUUGUAACAAAUCCUCUUGUUUUUUUAUACAAGGGUGCCAUGUAUCGGAAAGAACUAUACAAACUAUCUGUGUGCUUUUUUUUACCUAAGCGUGUGCAUAAUGCUUCAAGAAAACUGAAAGGUAGUUUAAGAAUCUCAGGGGGUAAGUAUUUUAGAAAAACGUCAAUGAACGAUAUUAAAAAACUUUUAAAUGACAGAGGAAGUUCUUUAACAAUGAAAUGUUAUGAAAAUAGAAACAAAAAUAAAAACUAUCCAUUGCUACCUAAACUGAAUGAAUCAGAAAAGCUAAAUCAUAAAGCGUCUGCAAAUAACAACAUUUUCUCUACUUUAAACGUAUAUCAGUGUCAAAGUAAAGAUAUGAAGAACAAUUUGAGUCUUGAUUUCCCAACCUAUUAUUCACCAAUUUCAGAUGGUCAUUGUUCUUCACUGUCUUACAAUCAAAAUCAAAUUUAUCUAAGUAAGACUUCAAUUGAAAAUAAUGAAAUAAGUGAUAUAGUUUGCGAAGAAAAAUGUAUUAAUAAACUUUUAGUUUUUAUUGAAUCAUUAACCAAUGAAGAAAAUAGCUAUUUAGAAAAUAAUGAAAGUGUUCUGCGUAAAGAAGACUUUUUAAAAAGAGAAACUGUUUUAUGAAAUGCUUUAGUUUUGUUAAUUUUGUUAAUAUGUA